AUGGACGCAACAUCUCCCUUUCAGCAGCUGCCGGGCGAAAUUCGCCAGCAGAUAUACCUCGCGUACUUUUCCACCCCUGAGAACACCUACGUCUUUGAUUUCCCUUCCAAAAAGCUCCGCAAAUCCGACAACAGUCCGAUUGACGUCGCCCUGUUCAAUACCACUUACUCUGACGAGCUCAGGAUACUAGCUGGGCGCUUUCAAAUGUUCUUUUCCGAACGCCGUUCGGCACUGAAAACCGCCUUCAGCCAUCGCGCGGCUUCUAUGGACCCCGUGAAGUUGGGAGAUAUCAUUAGCCGACAUCCGAUUCUCGUACCAACCAUUGAAGAGAUAAAAACAUACGGGCGCAGUCCCCACAGUGGACACUGGGCUGAUGUUCCAUCUCGAGUCUACUUUGCCAGUCCCGACGCUCUACGCGCGCAUCUGGCCUCUCUGCCCCAUGAUGAACCAUCGCCUCAAGCUAGCAACAAGCCUCAACGCCAUGAUAGACAACGCAUCGAGAAGCUCGUUAGCUUUGAAAUAAAUCCUUGGGAUAUUCCGCUUGAAUAUGAAUUGGACGACAACAUGCUGGAAGACGCAGCCUGGGUCGAGCUCCCGACCCACCCCGACAAGAGAUACCAUGUCUACGAGCGAUGUCGUUACAUUGAUAAUGGGAAAUAUCGCUUUUCCGCUGCUGCUACUGCUAUCUAUUUCCUUCGCCGCAUUAUGCCGGAGACCCGCUGCUUGGUUCGAAAUAUCAUGAUUGAUGAAGACUAUCGAUCUGUAGCGUUCCCUGAGUGUCAUGCUCUCGGGCUAAUCCCGUUCUGCCAGGAAAACCCAUCCUUGCGCAUCAUACGACGUGCCAGUCUAUGGGGCAACUUAUUUCUAUCGGAUACUCGUGAACUUCACUGGCAACGGUACAUUCAUGGGAUAUUUAACUGUCGUCUUCGUGACGUACCCUGGGACGCUGACGAGUUACCGCUCGGGGAUAUCAUCCAAGUAGUAGCAGCUUGGAUGUCAGAGGCCGGCAUUCUCACCUCCAUGGGCAUGCCAGUCGGCCAGUUGACGCUUUCUAUGGAUGGCGAUCCAUUUCCUGAGGAAGCGUCUGAAAUAUUCAGGAGAGAGCUCCAAGAAGCCGCUGUUUUACAGGAAACUGUGUGCAAGGCUCCAAGGUGGGGUGGUCGAUGGUGCUCCUACGUACAGAGGAUAAUGGAUCAUUUUCUUUUUGAUGAUUUCCCUCGGCUGCUGGCGGAUUUAUCAAACAAUCGGGAAUCUGGCAUAAUACAAUGCAAUUUUGACCCUGGAACCUCUGCUGGGUCACCGGAUGAGAUAUUAUCAACCCAUCCAGAGUGGAAUUGGCAGAAGUGGGAGUACCAUUUGUGGGAUCACUUCGAGGAUAGGGAGAGUGCACCGCUACCAGGUUUUGAUCAGAUGGCCUUACACAAUAAUAUGAGUGAAAGCUAUUGUCAGAAGUAUCCGAAUGGGCCUCCCUGGGACACCGAUGGUGACUUACCUGACUGGGAUGACGAUGUGACACGGAUUGUAUCCGACAUUCCCGUCUAUUAUGGUGAACGGGCCGAUGAUACGGAAGAGGCCGACGCUCAUAAGGCAGAUGUUUAG